ACGGUAGCUCGCCGUUUGAAAUGCUAGACGUUCAGGAGCGGGACGAGCGGUCUGUCCGUGGGCCCCGAGCGCGCCAACUGGAUUCUUGUGCUCGGGGAUGCGAGGACUCGUUGCGAGUAGGUGUAAAAAUCCGUAGAAGCCUGGAUAUAAAGUGGGGGAGGGGGGUUUGGAACUAAUGAAUGAGGAUUGAUCCUUCUUCGUGCCUGCGUUCAAGAGUUUAUUAUCGUACAUGUGUCUCACCAUUAGCUCCCAAAUGUCUUUUGCCACGGAUGAGGAAGUCGAUGAUGUCUUUGGUCCGUCUUCCACACCACUUCGAGAAUAAUGGGACUUUGGUCGUCACUUGGGCUCUUUAGCCUGCAGGAGCAAUGAAUAGGGCCUCAAGCACGAGCAAAUUUAUUAGAAAAAAGGAACUGCAGGACCGUCGGGAGGAAAUGACAGGAAGGUCUGACCGCGGUGCAUCAGCAGCAGCAGGAAAGAAUGGAUUCGGGACGUUCCUGUAAGCCGGCUUCAGGACAAAGGAUAAUAACGACUUGCGCAGAAGUGCAGCGACAUGGAGCUCACGACUUUUGAGGUUCAGGCGGCGGAUGUUGCCUCCGCAAAGACCAGCAGCAACAUCACCACUGCACUACUACCACUGCGACCACGGCGGCCCCAGAUGCUGGUGCUGUGGUCGAUACUGCUGGUUGUUGCGGUCUAGUCUUCAUACCUUCGCUAAUUCUGUCUUGCCUCCUAUCCUCGAAGUUUCGUCGAAUCGCGACGAAUGCCCUGUCCUUGCUGUGCAGAGUAGAGCAGACAAGAGGAGAGGGAAACGAGUCUCGUUCUCUGGCUUGCUCUCCUCUCGUCUCCUGCCACUGCAGGCAGUCGUGGAUUUGAGGACGGAGCAGGAAAGAGGGCCGCAGAGCGAGGGAGUGACUAUAGGACGGGAAAAAGAGUCAGCUGCUUACAGCGCAUGUGUGCAUAGAGCUGCUUCUGUCUGUUGAGCAGUUCGACUGACUGAUGCUGGCGUAGCGGAGGAAAAGGGACGCUGGAAAGGACAGUCCUUCGUGUCAGAGUUGAGAACCAGUGAUGGUCUGGAGCUUAGUCGGCGGAGGAGUAGGAAGAAGGGAAGACAAGUGCUGCGGUUAUUUUUGGUAGCGAUGCUGCGAGGUUUACUGAGUUUUUGGUGACAGAAAUAGUAGCCGCAAGAGCUCGUCCGAAGUUCUGGGGGUUUUUUUCCUCUCGAAGGGUGUGCCCUGUAGUCGAGAGUUGCACGAACAGUGGAUUGUUAGAGCAGUGAAGACCAUGGUUUGAAGGACAGUGCAGGGGCGGAGAUGUGUCGAAUACUUGCUCGUUGAAUAUGGAGGGGCCCUUUGAUGGCGCGGAGACAGGUUUUGUGCAUGCUUUGUGGCUGCAGAUAAUGGAAAUUUGAGGGCUUGGCAGGGGAGUCUUGUAGGGGUUAGCUAAGCACGGUAGGGUAUCAGGGACUCGACUCGGGGACUUUAAAGAGUACAUUGUUGGUGGAAGUCCUUAUUGUAGUUACGGGAGAGAUUAAGAAUUUUUUCCCUGUCCGUGAAAUUACGUCUGGUGGAGCAUUUGAAAUGUCCGCGAUGGCAGACCGAGGAGUUAUUGAGAACUCCAAGGUGCUGAUGGUCGGAGCUGGCGGCAUUGGAUGCGAACUUUUAAAGACGCUUGUUUUGACGGGUUUCAAGCAUAUACAUGUGAUCGACAUGGACACAAUAGAAGUCAGCAACCUUAACAGACAAUUUCUAUUUCGAAAGCGUCACGUUGGGAUGUCAAAGGCCCAGGUGGCAAGGGAGGCUGUGCUGAGGUUUCGACCUGAUGUAGAAAUUGUAGCACAUCAUGCUAAUGUCAAGAGCUCUCAGUUCAAUGUCGAGUACUUUCAGCAGUUUAGCAUUGUGCUAAAUGGGCUGGAUAACCUGGACGCCAGACGCCAUGUGAAUCGGCUUUGUCUGGCUGCCGAUGUGCCUCUAGUUGAAAGUGGCACCACUGGCUACUUAGGGCAGGUUACAGUGCAUGUGAAGGGUCGGACAGAAUGCUAUGAGUGCCAACCGAAGCCUGCACCAAAAACAUAUCCUGUUUGCACCAUCACGAGCACUCCUUCCAAGCCAGUUCACUGCAUCGUGUGGGCAAAAGAUCUGCCUUUUUUGAAGUUAUUUGGAGACAAGACUCUCUCCAAUGAUCUGGAUGUCCGUACCAGUGGUGCAGAGACUUCUAAUGAACAGGAAGAAGCUAGCUUUUUCGAUUUACAAAAGGAUGAAACCAGCAAAGCAUAUGCUGCCCGUGUUUUUGACCGUCUCUUCGGGCAGAACAUAGAGAUAGCCCUGAAAAAUGAAGGUGCCUGGAAAGAGAGAAGAAAGCCCACUCCUCUGUUUAUUGCUGAUAUAUUUGGAUCCGAAGAUAAGCAUGAAGAAAAUGGAUCAGAAAAUGGAUCAGCUCUCGAAAAUAAAUCCAAGGACGAAGGGAGUGCAUUGUCUGCUAUGACAAAGGUGGGACUGAAGAACCCGCAAGAAAUGUGGAGUGUGAAAGAGAAUGCCAAGUUGUUCUUAGAGUCCGUGCGGCUCUUCCUGGACAAGAGAAAACAGGAGAUUGGGAAGCUCACAUUUGACAAAGACGACCAGUUGGCAGUCGAAUUUGUUACAGCAGCUGCCAACUUAAGGGCACAUUCCUUCGGAAUUCCAAUGCAGACGUUGUUUGAUGCCAAGGGUAUUGCGGGGAACAUAAUACACGCCAUUGCUACAACUAAUGCCAUCAUAGCGGGGUUGAUUGUGCUGGAAGCUAUCAAACUGCUAGAAAAGAACCUAGAAGCAUGUCGAAUGACCUACUGCCUUGAACACGCAUCGCGGAAAUUGCUGCUGAUGCCCUGUGAGAUGGAUGUACCGAAUCCAAAAUGUUACGUAUGUUCUCAGACACCACUCGUUUUGGAGGUGAACACGUCAACUGUAACGUUAAGGGAUGUCGUUGAAAAAAUUGCAAGGAAGAAACUGGCUGCAAGUUUUCCGACAAUUAUGCAGGGAUACAAUGUGCUUUGUGAAACGGGAGAUGAUAUAGAUCCUCACUCAGCUGCCAUCUAUGAGGCUAAGCUGGAUAUGAAACUUGAUUCUUUAACGCCUGUUCCUAUCGUUGACGGCGUGGAAAUUACUAUUGAAGAUCUUCAGCAAGAUUUCUCCUGUUCAGUUUAUGUCAAACACAGGGAGGACUUCAGUGAAGAGGAAGCAGAUGAAAUGCGCCUGGGAGGACUAGACCUCCUUACACCUGCCGAUACCCAAGCCACCGCCAAAACGGAAGCAGCACUUAAGUCGUCCUCAGCGGAGAUUGUGGACGGCGAUGAGGACACUGUUAUGAUAGAUGGAGUAAGCGCUCUAGGCACGAAGAGAAAGUUGGAGGAGGAACCACAAGGACCAGUGCAAAAGAAGAUGAAGGUUUAGCUCACGAGGACCGAACCAUCGUCAUCACCAAGUAUGAUGGCGACCUCUUUUGUGCCAUGGAAACAGUUAUUCACCAGACAGGAAAUGUAUAUCUGAUGUUCAUGGCCGGGUCGUUUCGACCUUCACAAUGUGCUGGUUUGUAGUCUCCAGCACAGCGUAGACACUCACCGCCUGUCAGUCAAUGUUAUGAUCGAAUAUGACUUGGAGGCGACGUUCUCCCACGGGUAGUUGAGGACUAAGUUCAUUAGAGGCUUUCAGUGUAAAACCGGGAGAGGGGCUAUCUGGGGGAAUUUUCGACCUAUACAUCAGAGUCACACAUGUGAGUGCAAGGCCAGUAGAAUCACUGGCAUCAGUUUUUUGCAGUCGAUGUUUCGGCAGAUGGAUCUCAGAUGUGAGAUCCAGAGGAACAUGGGUCUCUGAUGUAUGUUGGAAUUGAGAUAUGUUCUAUAAAUUUCAAUUCGGAGUUGCGAUUUAUUCGCGCAAAGCUGGUUU